AUGUCCCGCCUUGUUGAAGCAUCUUCUGGUAGCAGUGAUCGAGAUUUUUUGGUCAUAUCGUCUGAUGACGAUGACAAGGAAAAUCAGCUUCCACCACAAUCACAGAGCAACGCGAGGUCUAAAGUAGGAGGAAACUGGCGUGAACUACUCUCCUCCACCUCUACUCAUAGAGGUACUGUGGAUGAGAAACCACGUCGACAGAGAGGGCGGCCAAAGGGAAGUAAGAAUCGGAAGACACUGAAGCAGGAUGCUGCUUGUGCUUUAUUGGACUCUGAUUCAUCUGAUGAGGACAAUCCCCUUGUCAAAGACCAGAUCAAACGACCCCGUCUAGGAAGUAAUUGGCGGGAAGCAACCAUAUCGACUGGAAGCUUACCAAAGCGCAGCAAGGGUCGUCCCAAGGGGAGUAAGAACAAGCCAACUAAGGCUGCUUCUCCAAAGAAAGGAUUAGAAUGCCAUAUUUGUAAGGACCCAGAUGAUGACAGUGCACUUUGCCUCACUGAAUGUGGUCAUCUUUUUCAUGUGCAUUGUUUGGAGCAGUGGGUUCAGACGUCGAACCAAAAGUAUAGAACUUUAAAGUUUGAAUUUAUUUCUAAAGUGGUUGAGACUAAAGGAUGCCCAGACAAAAUUACUCUUUAA